AUGUGUGCACAGCAUAUCGAGCAGCAGGACGUUCAAGCUCUAGGCCGCAAGCGCUUCGACAGCGUCGCCAUGGCUGCACGAUCCGAGCAGCAGCACAACGAGUCUGACUUCACAACACCCAGCACAUCGUGGCAGCAACAACCAACCGAAAAAGGUCUCAGCAUCUGUGAGACGGGAAGACAACGAGCAGCACAGCAACCUGCUGGACUACCUUUUGACUGUUGGAAUUCACCACUGUGCCCUCGCAACAUGCCGCAGAACGGUUCGGCGCGGUCCGCCGGUCAAACUGUGUGCAACCCCGGCACAAGCCUGAGCAACAAUACCGCAGCCAACUACACGGCGACAGACCUGACGACAUCCUCUUUGCGCAAUGAUACCCCCACGACCGACAUUAUCAUUCCUGCCGACUCGCCGCCGUUUGAUGCCCGGCCUAGUCUGAAGCGUGCUCGCACCGACACCACUCUCGACACACUUGAUGAGGCUGCCCCUGUCAAGCCUGCAACCAAAGAGAAGAGACUGCCGCACCAUGUAAUCGAGCGACGAUAUCGUGAAAACCUAAACACACAAAUCGAACAGUUGCGAGCAGCAGUUCCAUCGACAACAUCGCCAUGUCACAAUCUCGACAUGGAGGACAUUGGCCCCACGUAUGCCGCUAGUGCGUCGCAAAAUGCUGCAAACAACAACAACGGCAUCAGGCCUCUCAGCAAGGCUGGCGUGAUUGCUCAUGCGGCCGAGUACAUGCGCCAGCUAUCCACUCAGAACGAUGAAGUGGAGAAGCGCAAUGCAGAGUUACGCAUGACAGUUGAGGCGCUGCGACGACUUGUCAAUUGCGAGGGAUGCGGGGUCGUUCAACAACUCCUCGAUGCUGGAUCCUGA